CACCAGUCAGCGCUCGUUCUGGCGAAGCAAGAGCCCCAGCACACCAAGUGCCCGCUCAGCCAUGACGCGGACCUCCACCAAGGGCGGCGAGUCGCCCUCCAGCCAUGCCACGGACUUCGACGAGGGGACCUCCACCUCCGUGCAAAAGGGCCGCUCGCAAGCCUCCCGCAAGGGGACAGCCUCGCUCUCGGCCGCCAGCACUGCCGCUCGAGCGGAGGGCAUCGCCCCGGACGCCUCGCUGCCGGGCCUCACCAGCACGGACACAUUGCGCCUGGAUGAAAGCUCGGCCUCGGUCAAUCGCCCGGGGGCCGCCCGACGCCCCGGGGCCACUUCGGAAAGCCCCGCCGCGCCGAACAGCACCCACGGCGCCUUGCGCAUCUCCCCGGAGGGCCAGUGUCUGGACGCCUCGGGCCGGGUGGUGUCCUCGCUGCUGCCGGACGCCAGUCAGUUCUAUGACCCGGCCGAGGCGCACCUGACCCCCACCGAGCGGGGCCGGCUGGCGCGCAUCCGCCAGCGCGAGGCCGUCAGCCACUGGGUCAACCCGAAGUCCAUGCUGCAGGAGCGCAUCGAGCGCCUGGUCACGGCCCUCGUGGUGUCGGCCGCGGCCGUGGUCAUGAUCGUCUACAUGUGGCCGCCGGGGGCCGACCGGGUGGCGCUCCCCCAGGUGGCUGGCACCGGUGACCGGGCCCUGGUGGUGGAGGUGCCCCGCAGUGCGGCCGCCUUCGCCAAGCUCAAGCGCUAUCACAACGUCGGCGGGGGCUUGGCCUGUCGCGGGGACUACGAGUAUCGGCGGUCGGUCCUGCGCGGGCAGGCCGCCACCAACAGCCAGGUGGCCUGCCAGGUUCGCCUCAUGGGCGACCUGACCCUGCGCCGGCGCCAGCAGCUGGAACCCACCGAGAAGAUCCUCCGCCAAGCCAUCAUCACCGACCAAACCGGCCUCAUCGUCGGCCGCCAGGGCUGCAUGCACUCCGGCGAAGUGCUGUAUGCCGUCGACCGGGCCGAGCCAUUCCCCAUGCUCCCGGAGCCCCAUGCCGCCCCGGUACGCGUGUGCACCUUUGACGGGAAUACCGAGCGGGUAUACAGUGCCGACACGGAGCUCGUGCCGGCAGCCGACGCCCACCACCGGUCGACCGAUGGCGACACCCAACACCAGGACAGCUGGGCUCGCGUGACGCGAAUCCGCCCGGCCGAUCCCCAAAGCGACCUCGGUGACAUGGUCGAGUGGGCGCGUGUCCUGCGCCUGCCGCCCACCCUUCAGCUGCAGGGCGCCGGCCACUUGUCGCGGGCAAGCACCCCGCGCGGCUUCGUGGCCGCCCUGCCGAUUGAUGUGCCUCGCGCGCGCAACGUAUGCAUUGGCGGCCAGCGCUUGGACUUGGAGCCCGGCGUUGCUACCGUGGUUUACCCGGGAAAGAACCACCAUGCCUGCUCGGACGGGCCAUUCUCCAGCCAGGCCACCGACCUCCAGGGCCACUUUAUGUGGUUCUGAGUUGGGGCAUGACCGGUGUGCUUGGUGGAGCACGACGCGCUCAGGCCACAUGGGCGCCAGGGGCAAAAUAAAGACCGCUUGCCCUGUUCAUGCCUUCACGAUCAUCCUCUUUGGCCGGCCUCCAAGACAAGGAAACACAUUUGCAUGUGUGCGAGCGAGCGAGCGAACGACCAUGUACGCGCACAAGCAACAAGGGGCAUGAAUGACAGGGAGGAGAGAGAAGGCACAUGGCGAGUCGCCAAAUAGAACCCCCCUCUGGUGCUA